GUUUUUGUUGUGGUUCAUAAUGAGGUUAGAAAUACUAUAAAAUAAAUAUGAUUUAUAUUAUUCAUUUCUAAUAAUAUUAUGGAGCUGUGAAAGUGAUAUAAUUUUUAUAGAAUUUGAAAUAUGUUUCUUAAUACUCCUGAUAAAUUAGAGAGCCAGCCUUUGAAAGAAUUACGACAUGAUCUCCUGUUGAAUUUCAGUGAAGAAAGCCUUUUCCUAGGAAGGGACAGAUCAUCUUUCAAUGUUAAUAUUGAGUUGCCUUAUCCUAUUGACGAACCUUCGAAGACUUCCGAAGAUAUAGUUACAAAAAUCAUUGUGGAAAAAUCGGAGUAUGCCAAAAAUCUCGAUUUGAAGAGAAAAGGAUUUCAUCAUGAUGAGAAGGAUAUUUUUCGAGAAAAGUAUGCUGGACAUGAGUAUAUUAACAUUCCUAAACACUUGUUGGAAUUAUACCUCAAGAAUGAUCCUGAUAAGUUUUUCAAUUGUGAUUACAAUUUUUACUAUACUGGGGGUGUUCUAGAACAUAUUGUGUUUAAUAAUGAAGAUUAUUUAAUCAGACCAGAUGUUGACAAUAAUUUGUGUAUUAGUAAUUUGUUGAAUGGAUCUAAUGAGAAAUUUGACUAUUCUGUGUCAUCACCAAUAUAUAAUAUCAAUUCCAAUCAAAAUGCUGGUAAAACAUUCUUUGUUUUAAGAGAAAAACAGAGGAUUAGUAUAGUUGAACUUGAAGACAACAAAUCUCUACGUUUCAUGCAUGAAUUUGAUUAUCCAGUACCUGUAUUAGAUGCCAAAAUGAGUACCUAUCAUCCUCAUCAUUUGGGUGUUGUAUCAUUUAAUAAACUUCAAGUGAAGAAUUUAGAAACUAACAAGACAUUAAUUAGUUUGAAGAGUAACUUAGAGUCUGAUAAUGAUCAUUUUCAACAGUGUCAGUUCAUGAAUGAAAACAUAAUCUUGUUAAUGAAUAGAUUCAGUAUUAAGUUCUUGGACUACAGAGAUCAUACAGAAGAAGCUGUUUUUGACCCCAAAUUGAUUGACUGUAAUUCUCUAUGUACCUUCAACAUAUUGAAUAAUGAUUUAUUAUUAGUAUCAAGGCACUAUCUAUUGAAAACAGACAUAAGGUACCUCACCAAUACAACACAUUAUUCUCAUUCACUCAAUGUACCUCCUUGUUACAUGGAUUUCACUACUGAGAAAGAAGAAACAUAUUUAUGUUUAUCUGGUCAAGAUGUGGAUAGUAAGGUAUUAUUCACUGGAAAUUGUCCAUAUUCUAUGCCAAUUGAAGUUCCUAGCAUCAGGCAAACACUGAAAAUUUGCAGACUGCAGAAUCCUCCCUUAGUUCUGAAAGAUCACUUAGACAAAAGAUUGGAAUAUUCGGUAACUGGCAUGAAAGUUUUGAAUUUGAAUGGUGAACUUUCAAUAUUUUCAACAAAUUGCUUAGGAGAAAUAUUCAAACAAGAGAUCUCCAAUGCUAAGCUAGACAAUGAGAGACCAGUCAAAGGUUUAACUAACUGGAUUGAUCAUCUGGAAGAACCUGAACACACUUUGUACUUGACUCAUGUGGAAGAAAUGAGUAAAGCACGUUUUGCUUUGAACUGUUGUCCAAAUGAAGAUCGUUUAAAGAAGUAUGGAAAAGAAGGCAAAGCUAAAAAAUUCUUGGCUGACUAUGCACCUAAAUUUUCAAAAGUGAAUGUGAAAAGUUUGUUAGCUAAGGAUUUCCUUGAUGUUUGGAAUGAUGAUGAGGAUGAUGCUAGUGAGGAAGAAUUGCCAGAAGUUCCUGUAAAUGAUAAAGUCAAUGAUUGGAUCCAAACUCAUGAUUUCUCUGAUGAUGAUGAUGAUGAUGCUAAGGCAUUCUUGGAUAUGGUCAAUAGUCAGAAAUAGAUAUUAUGUGAUAUAUAGUUAUCAUGGACCAAAUAGCUCACUUGAACAAGUAUGUUUUUUAUUUGAGAAAUAAAAUGAAUUUUUUCAA